UCUUGUUGAGAGUUGUCAACCCUGAAUCAGUGAAUGGCAACGAUGGCGGCGACCUACAAACUAAGAAAACCUCUUUCUUGUUUAUCUAAAUAUUUGUUAACAUUUAGUAGAAAUAAAUUAACACAAUGCAUAAAAUGUAGGCGCAAUGCAUCUUCGAAAUCAGAACUUCAUGAAAUUUACAGAGCUGCUAAGGCGGCUGCAGAAGAGUUACAUGCCAUGCCGGACCAAGAUCCAGAAGCCAUCUUUGCUAACAAUGAGCUCUCAUUGAGUGACAUUGAAGUAUAUGGGUUUGAUUAUGACUAUACACUGGCCACUUACACCCCGAGACUCCAUGAGCUGAUCUUCACUCUGGGGAAAGAAGCAUUGGUGGAGAAAUUAAAGUAUCCCAAGGCGAUUUUGGAUCUUAAGUAUGAUUCUGACUUUGCUGUGCGUGGACUUCAUUAUGAUAUUAAAAAGGGUUUGUUUAUGAAGAUUGAUCAGUUUCAUAACAUUCAACUGGGAACUGUAUACAGAGGUAUGCAGUCAGUUUCAGAUGAUGAAGUGAAAGCUUUGUAUGAAGGCACACAUAUAUCUAUUGAAGAUAUGAAUGUAGUCAGUGGCCAGGGUCCAAUGCAUCAAAUGGUUGAUCUGUUUGCUUUGCCCGAAAUUACACUGGUAUCACUCAUCACAGAGUAUUUCAUUUCCAAGAACAUAACCUAUGAUCCAGAAUAUGUCUUCUUUGACAUCCGAAAUACAGUUCAAGGAAUUCACAACUCUGGGCAACUUCACCAAGCCAUCAUUAAAGAUAUAGAUAUGUAUUUAUAUACUGAAAAAUGUCAUGAGACUAAACUGCUCCUAGAGAAUUUAUCCAAUGAAGGGAAAAAACUGUUUUUGGUCUCCAACAGUGGUUUCCCUUUCAUAGAUCAUGGCAUGAAGUAUAUUGUAGGCAAUGACUGGAGAGAACUCUUUGAUGUCAUCAUAGUCAAUGCAAGGAAGCCCAAGUUUUUCAAAGAAGGCUACAGACCUUUCAGAGCAUACAAUACAGAGGAAAUGACACCAUUGUGGGAUCGUGUGACAAGUUUCAAUAAAGGCAUGAUCUAUCAUCAGGGCAAUCACCAUGACCUCCAGGAGAUGACAGGUUGGUAUGGAACUAAAGUACUUUAUUUUGGAGAUCACCUUUACUCAGAUCUGGCUGAUCCAUCUCUUAAGUAUGGCUGGCGGACUGGAGCUAUCAUCCCAGAACUUGAAUCUGAAAUCAAUAAACAAAAUUCUGAAGUGUACAAGUCUGCUGUGAGGUGGCUGGUGGAUUUACAACAUUUAAUAGAUGAGAAUCAGCACCAGAACUCUCCUGAAUGUAAGGAGAUUAUUGAAUUGUGGCUUCAAGAAAGAAAUGAGUUGAGGGUCUUCUCAAAAUCACUGUUCAACAAGCAUUUUGGGAGCCUGUUUCGGACAUAUCACAACCCCACCUAUUUCUUCAGACGUCUAGCUCGUUUUGCUGACAUCUACAUGUCCAGCCUAACCAACUUGUUACAGUACUCAACCACCUACACCUUUUACCCACAUCGAAUUUUACUUCCGCAUGAGCCCAGUGUUUACUCAAUGAGAGUUUUCACAGAGUUGCAGACCAAACCUGACGAAUCUUCCAAACGAGUUUAAGGCUCACUCUGUCAGAGUUUUCACUGAUGUUGAAUGGAGAAAACCAAUAGAGCAAGAACUACACUCAAACACUGGCUGCUUUAUUUGUAUUUAUUUUGCAAACUUGUGUAUAAUAGUGCUCUUCCUUUGAUAAAUUUGAUGUUUUCAUGUUGAUUAGUGCCAGUUGUGUAGUUUAUGAAGUACAAGUUAGUGAAGUUGUUUGUACAUUUUUUGUUUAUUACUGAAAAAAUGAAAAAUAUAAGAAACAGGACAAUUUUUUAUAUGUAUCUUAGUCUAGCAAAUACUAAGAUAGUAUUCAGCAUUAUUGUAAAUCGCCAAAUAUUCUUGUCCUUGUUGAAUGGUGCUGGUGUUGAUAAUUCUAGUAAGUUUCCUAGAUUAAAUUAUUCAACGAAUAGAUAGAGAAAAAACACAGUGCAAUAGUAUAUCAUGCUAGAGUUAUUGUAUUUGUUUUGAGUUCCUUGAAUUAUUGUAUUUAUGGGUUAGGAGUUCCUUUCAUUUUUUUAAUGCUUAUGAGAUUUUAGUUUGGUUAAAAGAUUACAACAUUUAAAGUAUAGAGAAACCCACUGAAUUGCACUCUGCAUAAUGUGUUUGUUCAUGUAAUAUAUAAAAAUUAAAUAUGUCCUAAAGUACUUUUUGUUUUUCCAUAUUAUCAUGUUCCUCUUUUUUUGCAUAACCUAGUUAAUAUAAUAAGAUCUUGCAUAAUAGCAGUGCAAUGAAAUGUCUUUCACUGUAUUCUUCUGCUAGAUAGUUUGCUUUCAGAAAGAUAUAUUGAUUCCUUAUUCUUAGUAAUGAAUACAAAAAUAACUCCUCUCAAGAUUUAUAGCUUGUGUAUGCUUGAAAUAAAAAAAAAAAAAAAAAACAAAGUCUAGUUUACUUUGCAUUGUCAUGUUGAUCUGAUCUGCAGCCAUUCUUUGUGCUUCUGGUGAACAGUUGAAACUUGAUAUCUCCACAAUGCUUUGGGCUUUUGCCUUUUAUUUUUAUUAAACUUAAUGUGUUUAUCUAUAUAUAUAUAUAUGUAUUGUUUAUGAGUGUUACUUAACCUAACAAAGAUUAAACUCAAGGUUGUGAUUGUGGUAGCAUGUGACAUUUUUCAGAUGACAUUGUACUGAUUUGCAUCUUUUUCUAAUUCUUCUGUUUUGUUCAAAGAUUUUGUACAUGUAAAACAUCACUUCCUGCCUGUUCUAAAACAUUUGUUUAACCUCAUCAUGUUCUACAUGCCUUCAUGUUCUUAAAAACUCAUCUGUAGAAUUGUUUAAUUCAAGUGGUUCAAAAAUAGAACUAGGCAAGAGGUGCAAUUUUCUGGCAUGUAAUUUGCUUUUGAUGUAUACAUUUCUUGUGGAAUAAUUGCUUUUUAUGUUACAAUAUUUUUGAAUUGGUAAGUUUACUAUUUUCAAAAGAGGAGUGAUUAGAGUAGAGCUUUUGUCUCUCUGAAUGUUCCAUGGACUGACUAGAUAGUAUUCACAUCAGUAUUAACUUGUAUUUAUUGGCCAUUGUUUUUCUUUGUGUGAUAUAUAAAUAUUGAGUAAAUAUUUAAUAAGAUUUAUUUAAAUCUAAAUUCAUUUUGUGAUCAAAUGGCAUCUAUGCACUGGUGUGUUGCCUAAUAAAUGUAUCUGUUUGACUGUAAAAUUGAUCAAAUGUUUUGUCACAUAGGGCAUGAUGAAAAAAUCAAGGACAAUUAAGUGUCCUUCAAACUAGCAAUAGUUUCAAUUUUUUUUCCCAAGACUUAAAAAAGAGCCAUAAAGAAAAAAAACUGUUUCUAAUAUUUCUCAAGAUCUAAUAACAAAAACAAAAUGGUACCCAAUCAGCAAUCAUUUGUUUGAUGUCUGAUUUUUUUUUAUAUCAGUCUGUCAAGUAUUUUCUUUUUGUAUUUUUUUUCCAAGACAAACACAAAUUUAAUUAAGUCCUAUGCAGCACAACUUUAUGAGACUAACUUUUGCUAUUUGAAAGGCAUUUAGGUUAGAAAGAAUAAAUAAGAUAUACACAUCCUUAUCUAUUUAGAAUUAACAGAUAACAAUUUGUUGAAUCAGAUCUGCUGUGAAAUAUUUUAUUUGGUCUUUCUAUUCAGUAUUGUUUAUUUUGAUAUUUUCCAUUGGUAAUUAUACAAUUUUUUUCUUUCAUAUUUUAUGUUCAUAAAUUUACUAUGUAACCUGUAUCAAUAUGUUUUGUUGUUUAUUAAAACUAACAUCUCUAAAUAACCAUUUCUCAUUUUAUAAUCUAUAUUCUAAAUUUAGUUUAAAAUAAAGAACGAGAAACUUCACACAUUGUUUUUUUACUAGCAUCCAAUUGCCCAAGUUUUUUAUGAAACAUCAGCUUUUUAUUAUAUGCAAACAUCAAGUGGAAUAAGAGGUUAGAAUUUAUUUUUCAAAUGUUCCACCUUUGGCUGAUUAGAUCUAAAACUGUUUUGUGUGGACAAAUGUUUGGACAAGAAGGUAUUGAAAUGAAUGAAAACAAAAAAUUUGUGUAUAUAUUUUUAAAAAAUUUAUUUUGUUAAUCCAUGAGAACAACUCGUGAAAUAAUACUUCAAAUUUCUGUGUAAACAAAAUUCUAAAAAAAAAAAUGUCAUUAAACAAGUUGUCAUUUACAGUCACAGUAAACUUAUAGGAUAUGAUGUAGA